AUGACUUCGCCAAAUAAUCAAAAGCUGAGACAUUUAACUGAUACUGUCGAUAAACUUGCCAAACGACUAUUGUCUAUUCAACCGUCUUCUCUCGAGCAACUCGAACAAUGGCGUGAGGCAGCUUACCGAUCUGUUGAUCACUAUUGCGAACACAAACGCCAUGAAUUAAUUGAAACGAAACAAGCUCAUCAAAAGAAAGAACUUGAUCAACUUCGACAAAAAGUAAAUCAUUUAAUUGAAAAGCAUGAUGAUAAACAAGAUCAUUAUGAUUCAAUUAAUCAUGAUAUUCAAUUGUUGGCCGUUAAAAUUAAUGAACUAGAACAUCUCCGAUUAAAGGUUCAUCCAUUGUCCAUUGACGAACAUCUUGUUGUUCGACGACAUCUAUUCCCUCUGCCUCAUCCAUCUCGAACAAUUCGUUUAAAAGCUGGUUUAGAAAGUGCUGUUGGCACUAAUGAUAGACAUCUUCUUGUCGAUCGAGAAGGUAAACAUCUAUGUUUGCUUGAUGAAAACCUAGCGAUUACCAACGAAGUUCCAUUUACUCAUGAUGGUAUUCAUAGUGUAUUUUGGGCAUCAACAAUUGCUCGAUUUAUUAUUAUUACUUUUAAAAAAAUUUUAUUACUUGAUGAGAAAACGAUGAAAAUCGAGCAAUGUCCUGUUUCAUCUGAACUAGAUUGGUGGCGUGGCACCUGCUCGGAAGAUACUUUAUUUUUAUCGACAGUAGAAUGGGGUUCAUCAAUUUAUGAAUUUAACCUGCGAUCAUCAUUUAAAGCUGGCAAGGAAUGGCAUGCACCUGUUACUUGUAAAAAAGAAGAAAUUCUUUGUGAUAUAAAGUACAACAGUGGUUUUCUUGCUACUCCUAUUUUUAACAAAAAUAAAGAAGAGAGCCAUUUUGAACUACGUUCAGCAGCAACUCUUGAAUGUAUCUGGUCAAUUCGUGUUCAUGGACGUUGUCGUUGUUGUUCAAUUGACGUUGAUCAAUGGUUGUUGAUGGAUCAUGAUGAUUGUCGAUUCUUUCAUAUUUCAGCUGAUGGAAACCUUUUAGAAGCAGACAAGUAUGAUCAACAUGAACGACUCGAGGAUAUUAUACCAUGGGGCAAAGAUAACAUUGUUGUUUUAACCAAGAAAAGUAUCAACUUGCAUUCACUUAACUAA